GACUUUUUAGUAGCAGCUAAAUCACAUAGUUCUUAUUCGGUUCAGCAGCUUGUUGCAUACUUGUUGUUACAACAGGUAAUUGCCCAAACAUUUAAAAGAAAAACUAUUAAAAUUGAACAAAAUAAACUUUCAGCAGACUGUCAUUUGAUGAUUAAAAAUAUUAUUGUCUUGGAACCAGCAAAAGCAUCAAAAUUCUCCUAUAUUGUUGGAUGGGUUAUUUACAAGCUUAUUAAAAGUGAUGACUUAACACAAUCGCACCCUCAAUUCAAUUCUAUUCAUGCUUACUUGGAAGUUUUAAGCUCGGAGAAGGUAGUUUAUGAGCGACAUAUUCGAUCUCAAACAACGAACGUGAUUCCUGGCCAAGAAUUUCUUGAGUUUUUUUAUAAGAUAGAGUCAUUAAUACUUUUAUUAUUCGAAAAUCAUAAUGAAUAUAGGCCUAAUAUUCUUGAAUACAUAUGCAAUAGCUUGCUUUGCAACUUAUCAUUAUUGCGAUCUUUCAACAUGCUACUUGAUAUUGCUAGCAGUUGUCAACAUGUGAUGGCUAAAAAACAAGAAUUAAAAGAUGAUGUUAGAAUGUUUCUUUACAAACGAAUUGUAUAUAUUUAUAUGAGAAGUAGACAGAAGUCCUGGCGAAGCUUCAAUAAUUUUAUUCCUGAAAAAGGAUCUUCAAGCCUUCGAGAAAAUCUUAAAGGCAUGAAUAAUGAUGCCCAAACCUCACCCAAGAUUGAUAAGAAACUUACGCUAAUAAAGAAGACUAACAUUCCAACGAACCCUUUACUUGGCUUGAAGCAGCUUCAAAUUUGGGCACAGUUAGAUAGUGCUGAGGAAUUACUCUGGGCAUUUGGAGAUAGUGCAACAAAAAAGCGAAAGAAGAACUUGAUAUCAUCGAUAUUAAAUCAUUUACUAAAAGGAACUCAAUUUU